AUGGUGUCUGGACUGGAGGCAAAAGCAGUGCUCUGGCUGCCAAGCGUAGAGCAGGUCCUGUUGGCUGGGACUCAAAUUGACAGCGGAGAGCAUCGCUUGCUGGUCCCUGAUGAGGAGCUGGCAUCCCUCAGACAGGUGAAGUAUCUGGAGGUGAUCUGUGAGGAUGUUCUGCCCAAGACCCUGUCAGAGGUGAGGCGUCUGGUGGACCAGCUCUCCCGCCGGAGUGCCCCCCUGCACUGGGACGACCACCAGAGGACAGUGCUCACGCUGGUCUACAUCAGUCAGACUGUGGCUCGUCUGCACUCUGAGCACUCCCAACAGGCCUGGGGGGAUGUGCUCAUGCAGCUAUUUAAUGCUCUCCACAAGGACCUCAACUUCAACUGA